GUGUUUUGUUCUCGUUUGUAGGGUUUUUAGAAAAUGGCGGAAUUCUCCGCGGAGUCGAUAAAAGUGAUCGCGGAGUCUAUAGGCAUUGUUUUGCCGGAUCAUGCUGCGAAAGAGCUUUCGGAUGAUGUGACUUUCCGAGUGCGACACAUUAUUCAGGACGCCUCAAAGUUUAUGGUCCACUCGAAACGAGACAAAAUGCUCACGUGGGACAUUGAUCAUACGUUGAAAUCGAAGAAUGUUGAGCCGAUUUAUGGCUUCAGGGCUGCCGAAAGUAUUCCGUUCCGAUUUGCCAGUGGUGGAGGAAGAGAGCUGUUUUUCAAUGAAGAAAAGGAGAUUGAGCUCGGAGACCUCGUCAAUGCGCCUGUGCCGAAAGUUCCUUCAGAUGCCCAACUGAAAGUGCAUUGGCUGGCGAUUGAUGGAAUUCAGCCGUCUAUUCCGGAAAAUCCUCCACCGAUUGGCAAGGAUUUGCAGAAGAGGGAUUCGUCGGAUCCCGCUGCCAAAAUCAUUCCGGGAACUGCUGCUCAUCCUCAACCUCCACAAACAGGAAAACUGAGGAAAGAACUGAAGACGGAAGAGAUGGUGAAAAUCAAGGAUCUGGCCACUCACGAGCUUUCUGUGGAACAGCAACUUUACUACAAGGAAAUCACAGAGGCUUGCGUCGGAGCGGAUGAGGCCCGAAGAACUGCAAGUUUUUCCACGUCGACUUUUCGAACGAAGAUUCUUUUUUUUAACUUGUUUUUCGGGUUAGAAGCACUUCAGUCGUUGUCGUCGGACCCAGGAUUGCAUCAGAUGCUGCCUCGCCUGUGCACAUUCAUUGCAGAAGGCGUUCGGGUGAACGUGGUGCAAAAGAACCUUGCCCUUCUUAUUUACCUCAUGCGAAUGUGCAAAGCCCUUCUGGAUAAUUCUUCGCUUUCGUUGGAACGAUACUUGCACGAGUUGAUACCGGCAGUGACGAGUUGCAUGGUGAGCAAACAGUUGUGCAACCGACCCGACGUUGACAAUCACUGGGCCUUACGAGAUUUUGCUGCCAAAUUGUUGGCGCAAAUGUGCAGAGCGUUUCAUACGUCUGCGAAUCAGCUGCAAACCCGCGUCACUAGGAUGCUCACCAAAGCUUUGACUUCGGAUUCCACUCACUUGACAGGAAAAUAUGGUGCUAUAACUGGUAUUGCCGAGCUGGGAAUGGAUUGUAUCAAAAACUUCCUCAUCCCCCUGCUCAAGCAACUCGGGGAGAAGCUUCGAUCUCACCUGGAAACCGGAGGACCCGGAAGUAUGCAUCCCUACGCUUCCGGACAAGGCGCUUCCUCCAAUGCGGACCGAGUGGCUGCAGUGCACAUUCAAACCCUGUUGGUCAAGUCGUGUGUGUCGGCUCUGAAGAUUUGUCGGAACCUGCCGGACGUGUUGGACCAGUAUCGGGCAGAGUUUGGGUUCCUCGGCCCGGCAUUGCACAAUGGAGUGUCGAAGGCUCGGGCCCAGACGGCGGCGGGAAAAUUGCACGAGUUGAUACCGGCAGUGACGAGUUGCAUGGUGAGCAAACAGUUGUGCAACCGACCCGACGUUGACAAUCACUGGGCCUUGCGAGAUUUUGCUGCCAAAUUGUUGGCGCAAAUGUGCAGAGCGUUUCACACGUCUGCGAAUCAGCUGCAAACCCGCGUCACUAGGAUGCUCACCAAAGCUUUGACUUCGGAUUCCACUCACUUGACAGGAAAAUAUGGUGCUAUCACUGGUAUUGCCGAGCUGGGAAUGGAUUGUAUCAAAAACUUCCUCAUCCCCCUGCUCAAGCAACUUGGGGAGAAGCUUCGAUCUCACCUGGAAACUGGAGGACCCGGAAGUAUGCAUCCCUACGCUUCCGGACAAGGCGCUUCCUCCAAUGCGGACCGAGUGGCUGCAGUGCACAUUCAAACCUUGUUGGUCAAAUCGUGUGUGUCGGCUCUGAAGAUUUGUCGGAACCUGCCGGACGUGUUGGACCAGUAUCGGGCGGAGUUUGGGUUCCUCGGCCCGGCAUUGCACAAUGGAGUGUCGAAGGCUCGGGCCCAGACGGCGGCGGGAAAAGUUCAACGCGCUCCUGGUGGUGGUUUUUAGAAAGAAAAAAGAAGAAAAAAACGUUGUGUUUUCUUGUUUUUUUUUUCUUUUCUUUUUUAUUGAUUGAUUGAAUGUUUGAAAAGUAUGAAUUAUUGUAUUGUGGAAGUACACUUGCAUAUCAAGUAAUUUUCGAGUUUUUUCGGAUGGCUUUAUUUUUCGAUGAAUCUUUGGCUGACAUCUGCUGGAAUGUAUUGCCUCAUUCGUUGCUGCAGCUGGCAGUUCAGUUAGAUGUCGCUGCUGUAUUAUUCCGCGCUGUCUAUUGUUGUGUAAAUGACGAAUGAAAUAAGUGAAGGGUGGCCUCAAGUGCACUGUAGAAUUCAGAUGCUUACGCGUUCCUAAUUUAACGGAAAUAAAUAGUAAAUCCAAUGUAAAAAUA